AUGGACAAUUUUAUGUACUAAUUUCCAGUAAAACUAACGUUUUAAUAAGUUCCCCAUUUCGGAAUACGAAGGCUAAGUGUCGGCGUGUUUUAUUCUGCAGGUCUGCAAUACAAAAUUAAUGCGACAUUCUGUUUUAAAGACGAUCUUUCGUUCUUUGACGGGUUAAUCUAGUUCUUGGAAAAUUUGUGCCGGUGGCAGAGCUCUUGAAGGGGUAUACAGGAUGCAAAUUUGACCACUAGCAUAGAAGACCCUCCGAAUUUUAAAAACUGUAGGGAUUGAAAAUAAUUGGUUCUCUUGUUUUUGAAAACUAAACUCUGCUUUCACAUGGCAAAAGGAGGAGAUAAAAAGAGAGUGAUAUGCCCAGAAGGUUUCGAUCUCAGGCCACUACAAGUGAUGGAAUUCAUUGGUUUUGAAUUGGAAAUUGUGACACCCACAUGCAUUCAAGGUCGCUUUGUGGUUUCAGAAAGGUCCGCUCAGGCACAUGGAGUUCUUCAUGGAGGUAUAUCAGCCUUCAUUGCUGAGAGUCUUGGAAGUCUUGGUGCUUUUGUGGUUUCUGGAUUCCAACCAGUUGCAGGAGUGGAUCUUAGUAUCAGUCAUCUUCGGGCUGCUCCUAUUGGUUUGGAGAUUGAGGCAAAAGCAACUCCAGUUCAUAUUGGGGGCAGGUUACAUGAUUACUUUGAGAGUUCUGUUGUUGUGAGUAAACAGCUCCUGUGAGUUGAUGGGAUUGGGAAAUAUAAGUUAAUUUUACAUAUUACUUGGAGAAAAAUAUAUCUUGGGAACUAGGCCUUUGCCCAAUGCUUUGUGGAAGUUGACCUCCUUGAAGUUGCGUCUUGGUCCUUAGUUCAAAUUCUUUUGUCAGACAUGGCUACUUGAUGUUGUCAUUGAUCAUGUAGAACCUGUAGCAUAUAAUCUCCCUAUUCAGGAAAGUUUUUUCAGCACCAUUGUUGAACUUAUCGAAGAUUAUAUGCUUCUUACAACCCAAACUUUAUAGCUGCUUAAUCUUGUAAUAAUAAUUCCAAAAAUAUCUGGAACAAGAUGGUUGAUAUAUGAAAGAGAAAGAAAAAGAGAAAUUAGCUUA